UCAUCUAGAGAAACAAAUGUGCUGUAGUCUUGUCCUUGUUUAGUGUGUUCUCGUUUUGGUACAGACACAAGUACAACCCCCCUUGCCACGAAAUUCAUGAAAAACGCCACAACUAGAAUCAAAAUCAAUUCACAUUCAUUCCUAGGGAAGAGGGGAAAAACACUUGUCGUCAACAAACAAAACGGUAACAUCUUAGUAUAUAUAUAAUAAUAUAGUAUCAUUCCAUUGUUCAUACCUGAACCGAAAACAAGGGAAAAAAGGUGGGUGUAUUGACUGAACAUUGAACCUGGUGAUGAUGAUGAUAACCUCUGCAAUGCUCAUUUUGUCUCUUGUUAUCAAAAGCUAGGUAAUGCUUUAGGUUCCUGCUUUCGAGGUUGUUCAAGUUUCAUUUGUGAAUUUGAAGUUGUGAGUGUUCAAGAUGGAUUUGGAAGGUGAGGGUGAUGUUAGGACACCAAAGAAGGAAUUGGAAGGAGAAGGAACUCCGAGGAAGAUGGGAGGUGCUGGAACCCUAAGCAGCAAAGAUAUGAUUUUCAGAGCUGAUAGGAUUGAUCUCAAGAGUUUGGAUACCCAGCUGGAAAAGCACCUGAGCAGGGUUUGGUCAAGAAGUGUUGAUACCAAAAGGCCUAAAGAAGAGUGGGAGAUUGAUUUGGCCAAAUUGGAUCUACGCUAUGUUGUUGCUCAUGGGGCUUAUGGUACUGUCUACAGGGGCACAUAUGAUAACCAAGAUGUUGCAGUGAAAGUGUUGGACUGGGGUGAGGAUGGUGUUGCCACUGCUGCUGAAACCGCUGCUCUACGGGCAUCUUUUAGGCAGGAGGUUGCUGUCUGGCAAAAACUCGACCAUCCGAAUGUCACAAAAUUUCUUGGAGCUUCAAUGGGCACUUCCAAUCUUAAGAUUCCCUCGAAAAACCCUUCAAAUGAUGCUCAAGAUCUUCCUUCUAGGGCAUGUUGUGUUAUUGUUGAGUAUCUUCCCGGUGGGACACUCAAACAGUUCUUAAUAAAAAAUAGGCGGAAGAAACUUGCUUAUAAGGUUGUCGUUCAGCUGGCUUUGGAGCUCUCCAGAGGUCUUAGCUAUCUACAUUCGCAGAAGAUUGUGCAUAGAGAUGUUAAAUCAGAAAAUAUGUUGCUAGAUGGUAACCGGAAUCUAAAGAUAGCUGAUUUUGGAGUUGCUCGUGUUGAGGCUAUGAAUCCUAGUGACAUGACUGGUGAAACUGGAACCCUUGGAUAUAUGGCACCUGAGGUUUUGGAUGGUAAGCCUUACAACAGAAGAUGUGAUGUCUAUAGCUUUGGCAUUUGCUUGUGGGAAAUUUAUUGCUGUGAUAUGCCGUAUCCAUAUCUAAGCUUUGCAGAUGUGUCUUCUGCUGUUGUACAUCAGAAUUUGCGACCAGAAAUUCCUAGGUGUUGUCCAAGUGCCUUAUCAAGUAUCAUGCGGAAAUGUUGGGAUGGGAAUCCAAAUAAGCGUCCAGAAAUGGAUGAGGUGGUGAGAAUGCUGGAAGCACUUGAUACGAGCAAAGGUGGUGGAAUGAUACCAGAAGAUCAGGCUACAGGUUGCUUUUGUUUUACCCCAAGCAGGGGUCCCUAAUCCUUGAAUCCUUCAUCAUUAUGUUGUGUGAUCAUGAGUUGAGGUGAAGCGCAGCAACUGGCAAUUGGUAUUUUAUUGUUUUGCCGGUUGAUAGGUCAACAGUAACAUCCGAAAGGAAGGGAAUUGUUUUUAUAAUUGAAAAAAAUGGUUGGAGGAGCAGUAUAUUGCUUCUUAGAUAAUGUAUUUAGUACUGAAAGCUGGUUUUUCCUUUGUGUAUGGACAAAGGUUAUGACCAUUAAUUGAUAUUUCCCUUCUUUAGAA